AUGAGUUCGAAACCAAAGAUUUCAUUUUUCCCUUGGGACGCCACAUCUGUUGCUCACCGAAGGCGGCUUUAUAAGCAGAGAGUGCAGUGUAAUUGGUAUUAUGAAAAGGUCGAGGAAGAAUGGAGAGAGCAACAAAUUAAGGGUGAGAAAUGCAUGUACUGGAUUGUCCGUCAGUCUGAUGAUAUAGAGGGCACAAAAUCUCGCGAUAGCGAUGAAGAAGUGCUUUAUGAUACAGCAGAAUCAGUCAAUGGAGCUACACGGGAAGCAUCACGAGUGGCAUUUGUCCCAAUAGGCCACAUUUCCUUAGACUCCGAAAACAAAGAUGCAGAAGGGUUUGGCCUCGAUUUACCUUCAGAAGGAGUGUUCUGGAUUAAGAGCUUCUUCAUCUUGCAAUCACUUCAAGGUGAAGGUGUCGGGAGCGCGGCUAUGAAAGAAGUCGAGAAGAUGGCAGCUCGAGAGCCACUCUGGGCCCAGACGCUCAUGCUAGACACGGUUACGAAGGAACACCAAGUCAGAAAGGAUUUUGCAAUUUCUGUAUUCGGUGCCAUCCCAAAGAUAACCAAUGAAGCUUGGUAUGGCCGCCGGGGAUACACACCGAUCAAAGUUGUGCCGAACUUCUACGAUGUAUGGGAUGAAAGUGGAAACAGGUGGGAUAUUGAAAUCGUUUUCAUGAGAAAAGAUAUUUAA